AUGGCCGACGCUCCUAUUACCUUGCGGACGCGCAAGUUCAUCCGCAACCCUCUUUUGGCUCGCAAGCAGAUGGUCGUGGACGUCCUCCACCCCAACCGCGCCAACGUCAAGAAGGAUGAGCUCCGUGAGAAGUUGKCCGACCUCUACAAGGCCAACAAGGACCAGGUCUCCGUCUUCGGUUUCCGCACACAGUUCGGUGGUGGCAAGUCCACUGGUUUCGCUCUUGUCUACGACUCCCACGAGGCUUUGAAGAAGUUCGAGCCUCACUACCGUCUCGUCCGUAUCGGUGCUGCCUCCAAGAUCGAGAAGGCCAGCCGACAGCAACGCAAACAACGCAAGAACCGCUCCAAGAAGUUCCGUGGUACCGCCAAGACCAAGGGUCCCAAGAAGAGCAAGGACUAA